CCAUGCCCCCAGCCUCCCUUCCCCGCACACACACACAUCCGCACACUAACACCCCACCCCCUAGUCUGGCUGGGAAUUUGAACCGAUCCAGCCUGUUUAAACGGAAAGGACACAGAUCUUCAAUGUAAAAAAAAAAAUCAGAUCAGACCCAGAGAGAGAGAGAGAGAGAGAGGGAGAGGGAGAGGGAGGAGUGUGUGUAUGUGAGUGUGUGUGUGUGUGUGAAAGAGGGAGAGGGAGAGGGAGGGAGAGAGAAAAGAAGAGGGGGGGAAAAAAGGAAAUAAGAUUUUCUCUAUGUAUAUAAAGAUGGCCACGUUAGCAAAUGGACAGCCAGACAAUACCAGCCUGAGUAGCAAUCACAGCAACCCCAGCACCAAUGGGCAUAUGAACGGAUUAAACCAUAGUCCCGGAAACCCAUCCACCAUCCCAAUGAAGGACCACGAUGCCAUUAAGCUCUUUAUUGGGCAGAUCCCCCGUAACCUGGACGAGAAAGACCUCAAACCGCUCUUCGAGGAAUUUGGGAAGAUCUAUGAACUGACGGUGCUGAAGGACAGGUUCACUGGCAUGCACAAAGGCUGUGCCUUCCUAACAUACUGUGAAAGGGAGUCUGCUCUAAAGGCCCAGAAUGCACUGCAUGAACAGAAGACACUGCCAGGGAUGAACAGACCAAUCCAGGUGAAACCAGCGGACAGCGAAAGCCGAGGAGAAGACAGAAAACUCUUUGUGGGCAUGAUCAAUAAGCAGCAGUCAGAAGAUGACGUGCGCAGGCUAUUCGAGGCAUUUGGCAACAUUGAGGAGUGCACAAUCCUUCGGGGACCCGAUGGCAACAGCAAAGGGUGUGCAUUUGUGAAAUACUCUUCACAUGCAGAGGCCCAAGCAGCUAUCAAUGCUUUGCAUGGCAGCCAGACAAUGCCGGGAGCCUCUUCAAGCCUGGUGGUGAAGUUUGCAGAUACAGACAAGGAGCGUACAAUGAGACGCAUGCAGCAAAUGGCAGGACAAAUGGGCAUGUUCAACCCCAUGGCCAUCCAGUUUGGAGCCUAUGGCGCCUAUGCACAGGCACUGAUGCAGCAGCAGGCCGCAAUCAUGGCAUCGGUGGCACAAGGCAGCUACCUGAACCCCAUGGCAGCCUUUGCCGCAGCCCAGAUGCAGCAGAUGGCGGCUCUGAACAUGAAUGGCCUGGCGGCUGCCCCCAUGACACCAACCUCAGGUGGAAGCACGCCUCCUGGUAUAACUGCACCAGCUGUGCCUAGCAUCCCAUCUCCAAUUGGGGUGAAUGGUUUCACUGGCCUCCCACCGCAGGCUAAUGGGCAGCCCACUGCAGAAGCCGUGUUUGCUAAUGGCAUCCACCCUUACCCAGCACAGAGCCCCACUGCAGCAGACCCCUUGCAGCAAGCCUACGCUGGAGUGCAGCAGUACACAGGUCCUGCUUAUCCUGCUGCUUAUGGCCAGAUUAGCCACGCAUUCCCACAGCCGCCUCCCAUGAUCCCACAGCAACAGAGAGAAGGACCAGAGGGCUGUAACCUGUUUAUCUACCAUCUGCCCCAGGAGUUUGGGGAUGCUGAGCUGAUGCAGAUGUUCCUGCCUUUCGGUUUUGUGAGUUUUGACAAUCCUGCCAGUGCCCAAGCUGCCAUCCAGGCUAUGAACGGCUUCCAGAUUGGCAUGAAGAGGCUGAAGGUGCAGCUGAAGAGGCCAAAGGAUGCUAAUCGUCCCUACUGAAGGGUUGUGGGAACCACUGGAUACAAAGCACUAGCACAGGGCAGCAGCUGAAUGGGCCACAUUUAGGGAAAAAAAAAAAAAAAAAGUAUAUAUAUAUUUAAAAAAAUAAACAGGAACUGUUGGAUUACACCUUUGACAUAUCAGCAAAUAUCAAUCAAACUGAAGACUUCAGACUUACUCUCUCUUUGAUUGUUUAGACUGUAACAUUUCUUCAAGAAAAGUAUCACUUCUGCUGACUUCGAAGGACAUGCACUUGAAAACAAACAAACACAUAAGUAAAAUCAGAACAGGAACAAGAUCAACCAGGAUUUUGAAGAGACACUGAUAUCACCACAGGGGCUUUUCUUCAAACUGGAGAUGCAAACCUGGAUACUGACAAAGGAGUGCCUGUUUGCCACCAAGGAUGCAGUUACCAUGUGUGACCCAUGGUAACAGUCACUGAGCAUCUUUAUCUGUCAUUCCUUAGCUAUAUAGGGACCAAAGGACAAAACUUUUUACCGCAGACUUGUAGCUGUAUGUAAAAUAUGGAAGUUCUUUCAUUUUCUCUGAGCAGUUCCUAAAACAGUUUUUGAGAGCGAUUAUAUGAAAUAUGUAAAAAAAAAAAAAAAUGCUUAAAUGCUUUUAAAAUGGCAAGAUAAUAGUUCUUUGAUACUUUUGGAGGUUCUUUGGUUAUAUAUUAAUUAGAGUCUAUGAAGUUUUCAUAUGGUUUUCUGUAUAAUACGUAAGGAUCGUGUUUUUAAAGGCAGGUAAGAUGGAUACCUAUAAAAAGCAAAAAAAGUAAAUAAAUAAAUACAUAAAAAGGCAUAGAGAGGAGAAAGGAGAGAUGGUUGAUAUUAAAAUGGAAAACAAAACAGAUUUGUAAAUGCUUCUAACUCUCCCCAUUUAAAAUCCUAACAGUUGUACAGAAUUUAAAAAAAGAAAGUUAAAAACACCUAUAUAAUAGAAAAAAUUAGACAACGUAAAAA